AUGACGUAUAAAAUCGGUGACGGAAAUGCCGAUUCAUUCAGGGGAGAUUCACUGGAAGACAUCUUUAAGCAGUGUGCUAUGGGAAUGUUUGGCUACAUGACUGAUACGGAAAUAGUGGACAAUCUAGAAACCAUGGACAUAUUCUCAGACGAGGACAUGGAGUCACUCCUCUUUCAUUUUUUGCAUGAUUGGCUCUUCAAGUUCAGUGCUGACCUAUUCUUUAUCCCCAGAGAGGUGAAGGUUGUGCACAUUGACAGAAUGCAGUUCAGAAUUCGCUCAAUAGGGUGGGGAAAAUAUGUCUAUGUUCUCCAUUUCUCACAGGGCACAGAAGUGAAAGCAAUCAUCUACUCUGCCAUGCAGGUACAUGACAAGGAGAAACCAGAGAUCUUCGUUAUUAUCGAUAUUUAAAAAAAAAAAAAAAAGGGAAA